AUGAGCUUUAGGAUGGGCGUUAGACAGGAGAUGAGCUUUAGGAUGGGAGUUAGACAGGCGUUAAUGAGCUUUAGUAUGGGCGUUAGAGACGGGUGUUAAUGAGCUUUAAUAUGGGCGUUAGACAGGCGUUAAUGAGCUUUGCUAUGGGCGUUAGACAGGCGUUAAUGAGCUUUGCUAUGGGCGUUAGACAGGCAUUAAUGAGCUUUAGUAUGGGCGUUAGACAGGCGUUAAUGCGCUUUAGUAUGGGCGUUAGACAGGCGUUAAUGAGCUUGAGUAUGGGUGUUAGACAGGCGUUAAUGAGCUUUAAUAUGGGCGUUAGACGGGCGUUAAUGAGCUUUAAUAUGGGCUUUAGACAGCCGUUAAUGAGCUUUAGUAUGGGCGUUAGACAGGCGUUAAUGCGCUUU